AUGUGCUUGCGUAGCACCAUCCGAGACAAGGAAAGCAUUACUUCGCGUUCGCGCUCUUCACCACCUCCGUUCAGCUUGACGGAAGCCACAGCCCUCGUCCGCACUGCCAACGGUACGAAACGUAAGGCGGAGGCUGCACCCCCAGGCCGCCCCCGACCUCCAUUACAAGUCGCCCACACCAAUGGGGCAGCUUGUCCCCGAGUUGUUGCACCUGGAACUUUCGAUGGAUCCGCUCCUGCUUCCUCGCCAAAGAAGAAGCACUUUGCCUGCUUCAGGCGAGCUCGCUGGCCUCGAUCCCAAUUAACUUUUCCAUAUCUAACUGCUGCCUAUCUUUGGCCGGUUCAACAACUGGCUACACACCCAAGAGAUCUGCUGCAGCGAGCCCGACGAGCUCGAUCCGAUAGAUCUCGCCCACCUGCAUCUGGAAUACUGACGAGCUCCACGACGAGGCGAUCGAGGUGUUGGUUCCCCCGGUUGAUGCCCAGACCGAGGACCCCGAGACGGGAAAAGACUGCGCACUCCGGCUUUUUUUUGCACCACUGCUACGAGACUUCGGAGGUCACUGCCUUGAAGAAGCUCGCCAUCCACAAGAUGAUGUCGCUGGCUCCAAGAAUCGAUGCUGCUGCUGCUGCAGAUUGGCUGGCGUCUUUCCCCGCGGGCAUGCUGACCGACUUCACGGCGGCAAUGUUCAGACACGGUGCGAGACUGCCGCCGAAUAUGCAGUUUCCUCCCUUGGAGUGGGAUUGUUACCGGGUUAGAGUGCCAAGGGCUCAGAAUAAGGUAGAUUUAACGGAGGACAACCUGAUAAGUAAUCCGAAGCAUCGGAAUCUUGGGUCUGGAGGAUCGCGACGGGCAUUGUCGCACUUGGGGGUUCAACGUGCUCGGUUUUUUUUUUCAACGCAAUGCUGCUGCUACCCUUCGGAGGAAGCCAAAGAGUGGCAGCUCUUUAUUUAUGAGGUGUCUCUUUCAGGCCGCACACAAGCUUGGUUCGAGGGAAGGGGACCCCAAUUUAGCCGAACUUGGGGAAUUGGGCAGGCAGAACACAGAUAUCUUCUACCAUCGCAGGCAGCAUGA